AUGACGUCACCGCCAGACCUCACGACGUAUCCUCGCCCAGACUUUUCGCGCCGGGGUUUGCGAUGGGAGUCCCUGAACGGGCCUUGGGACUUUUUAUUCGACGAUGAGGACGUCGGUCUUGAUGCAAAGUGGCAUCUCCAUGGCCUCCCUGCUUCUGUGACGCUGUCGACCAGUGCUAGUCAUGACGACGAUACCCUGGAGUUCGAUGAGGUUGGCGAUCGCGUCACGCAGAGCAUCGUAUCUGGAACGCAGGAGCGCCUCAGUGAAAACACGCUUCAUAAAACAUCUGGUACAUCUGAGAACGCAAAGACUACUAUCCAGGUGCCUUUUGUAUUCCAGUCGCCGGCCUCGGGCAUCAACGAGCGAGGAGUGCACGAGGUGUUCUGGUACGAGCGUGAGAUCAAGGACCUACGCGACACUAACGACCGAGACCGUCGAGACUCAGUCUUGCUCCGAUUUGGCGCCGUUGACUACCAAGCAACCGUAUGGGUCAACGGCCGUUUCUGUCGGCAGCAUCGCGGCGGUCACGUCCCAUUUGACGUCGACAUUACCGAUGCGCUCAACUGCGCGCCUGGUCAAGCCUCCCAUCGAGUCACCCUGCGCGUGUACGAUUCUGCCUACGACCUCACGCAGCCACGCGGUAAGCAGUACUGGGGCGCCAAGCCUGAGAGCAUCUUUUACACGCCGUCUGGCGGCAUCUGGCAGAAUGUGUGGACGGAAGUUGUCCCUCGCGCCCGUAUCGCGGAUAGCUCCCAGGGCACUGUGCUGCGCUCGAAUGACAUCAAAGAGGGGAUGUUGCACGCCACCAUUGGCGUCCUCGGACGCAAGGCGGGCGAGAAGCUAGAUGUUGAACUAAAGGCCUGGCACAAAGGGCAACUCGUCUCCAUGUCAGCCAGGAAGACGCUGCCAAAGGAAACUAGUUCGGUUGAGAUCGAUUUAGACAUGAAACUUCCCGGGAGCUCUGUUGAGAAGUACCAGGAGCCUUCUGGAGAAGUAAGUGGCAAGUUGAACAGCAACAUGCUUGUGUGGUCUCCGGAGAACCCACUGCUCUACGGCCUUAGCAUCAGGCUCUACAACGCGAACGGUGAUCUCGUCGACCUGGCCGAGACACAUGUUGGUAUGCGAUCCAUCGAGUGGUCAGACGGCACAUGGAAGCUCAACGGCAAACCGUACUUCCAGGCACUGGUCCUGGACCAAGGCUACUGGCCUGAGACGUUCAUGACGCCGCCGUCGGCCGACGCCCUCAGGCAGGACAUUGAGCACGCCAAGCGCAUGGGCUUCAACGGCUGCCGAAAGCACCAAAAGGUCGAGGACCCCGUCUUUUACCACUGGGCCGACAAGCUGGGCUUCCUGGUCUGGGGCGAAAUGGCCAGCGCGUACAAAUUCAGCAGCGAGUACGUGGAGCGGUUCAAUGAGGAAUGGACAGAGGCUGUCAAGCUGGUCAUCAACCACCCCUCGGUCGUGACGUGGACCCCCGUCAACGAGAGCUGGGGCUACCCCGCGCUCCACGACAAUGUGCAGCAGCGAAACCACAUACGCGCACUAUACUACCUUACCAAAUCGUUGGACCCGACGCGGCCCAUCAACGACAACUGCGGCUGGCAGCACGUCGAGACUGACCUCACCACGUUCCACGACUACAGCGACGGGCCGGAGCUGGCCAAGACGUGCGCGGAUCUGCGCCUGAUUCUCGGCAAAAAGGCAGACAGGGAUGUAUUUGUCCCCGAGAUGCCGGGGCGAGACCCCGGCGCCAAGCACAGCGACGGCAGGCCCAUCAUGUGCACCGAGUUUGGCGGCGUCAACAUUGCUGCCGCAAAGGCAAGCGAGGACGAUCGGGACUGGGGCUACACCACAGCGCAGAACCCAGAGGAGUUGCUGAAGCGCAUCGAGCGACUGAUGCGGGGUGUCGUGGAAGGCGGCCACUGCUGUGCUUUUGUGUAUACUCAGCUGACGGAUAUCGAGCAGGAAGCAAAUGGUCUGUACACGUUUGACCGCAGGGAAAAGUUGAGUGCAGCCCAGGUAAAGGCUGUGAUCCAUGGGGCCCUCAAGGUAUUCUACGACAGAGUGGCCAAGAAUUUGUAA